AAUAACAAAGGGUGAAGAUAUUAUGAGUACUGGAGUUAAACGUGAAUCAUUGGUAACAGGUGAGGAUGCAGAGAGCACAGAAGAAGUUAUCAACGAGACAAAUAUCAGUGAAAAUUUCAAAAAACGCGACGAAGAGGCACGAUAUAAUUGUAAGUUAUGCGACGCUUUUUUUGACAAAGAGGAGAUUCUGCAAGAGCACAUCUCAACACAUGGAAGAAAUUCAGAAAAUGCAUGUGAAGUGUGCAAUAAAUGUUUUCCCACACCAGGUCACGUAACAGAACAUAUGAAAACACAUGGCGAUAAAAGACCACAUAAAUGUGAAGAAUGUGGGUCUGAUUUUAAAAAAAUUUCCCAUCUCACUCAGCACAAGAAAAUUCAUACAAUGGAGCUACCAUAUCAGUGUGAGAUCUGUGGGAAAUGUUUUAACCGAGCUAGCAGCCAUAAAAGACACAUGAUAAUUCAUACAGGCGAGAAACCACAUCAGUGUGUGCAAUGUGAAGCAAGUUUUGCAGACAAAAGCAGCUUAAUACAACAUCUGAGAACACACACCGGUGAGAAACCAUAUCAGUGUAAAGUGUGCAAUAAAUGUUUUUCUCUGUCAAGUACCCUGCAACGACAUAAGCGGAUUCAUACUGGAGAGAAGUCGUACCAGUGUGAUGUGUGCGGCAAAUGCUUCGCUGGGAGAGGUGCAUUGAGAGGACACUUAAGGAGACAUUCAACUGAGCAGGAGAAAGUAUAUCAGUGCCAAGAAUGUCAUAUGUCAUUCAGGGAGCGGAUUGGAUUAAAACAACACAUGAGAGUACACUCUGGUGAAAAACCAUACAAAUGUGAACUUUGUGAUAGGUGCUUCAGUCAUGCAACCUCUGUGAAGAUACACACUAUGAGGAUUCACACAAAAGAUAAACCGUAUCAAUGUGAAUGUGGUAAAAGUUUCCCAUGUUUGAGUGGGCUAAAGCAACACAAGAAAAGGCAUACUGGUGAAAAACCUUAUGUUUGUAAUGUGUGCAGUCAACGUUUCACUAAGGCAUCUAGCCAUAAAAAACACCUUAAGAAAUUUCAUAAAGACAUCAUGAUAAUAUAAAUAUAAAUUUUAUUGCGAAAAUGAAAUUCUGCAUGAGAUAAUCAAUAUUUUCAUUUCAAAAGAAAGCAGACCUGAGCAAAGCAUGCCGUGUUGUGAAGAGGUUUAAUUCACAUUAGUGUCCAGUCAGCAAUCAUGAACCUCAUACUCAAUUUCAGAAAAAAAUCAGAUGAUGCAUAAAUUAUUAUAAAUAGUCCGGAACUACUUUUUCUUUAUUUUUACAUAUUUACAUAUUUCAUGGUACAAGGAUGAAGAAAAUAAAUUAAAAAUAUUUGGUUACCGUUCUCAGUUUGGAGAAAAUUUACUGUUAAAAUGAUUAAUGUAGACAGAAUUUGACACCAACUAUUGUCACUGAUAUAUCCGCUAGAAGUAACCAUACAUGUACAUCUAAAAUUAACAUUAAUUGAAAUGUGCACUGAAUGAAGUGAUCAAAAUGAAUUUAAAUUGGAUUGAAAAUGUUGAAAUAAAUUUGGAAUGAAUAGCCAUAAUCAAAUCUAGAAACUGUGAAAAUAUUAAUAAAUAAGUGUCGGUACAUCAAGUCAUUUAAAGAAAAA